AUCUAAGCCGCCUUAUAUUGACCGACAAAUUAAAUAUCAGAGCUCAAUUGUGAAACCAAAAAAAAAAACCAGAGCUUGUCCAUUCUUCCAUAUCCAUCAACAUGAAGAAAACAGAGCUUGUGAUCAUCCCAGCACCCCUCGUGGGCCAUAUUGUCUCCAUUGUUGAGCUUGCCAAGCUUCUGCUCGACAGAGACGACCGCCUCUCCAUUACCGUGCUGGUCAUAAACCACCCCGUCGAUCCUGCCGCUAACACCGCCGUCGACGCCGUUCUUGCCGCCGAUCCAAGAAUCCGGCACUCCCGUCUCCCCGAGACGGUGCAGCCGCCGCCGCCGGAAGUGCUCCACAAGUCGCCUGAGAACUUCAUUUCCACCUACAUAAAAAGCCAUACGUCCCUUGUCAGAGACGCCAUCGUCGAAGACGUGCUGCCGUCGGCCUCCGGCGACUCCUUGCUCGCCGGGAUAGUGUUCGAUUUCUUCUGCAGUUCGAUGGUGGACGUGGCCAAGGAACUCGGAGUUCCUUCUUACCUGUUUUUCACCUCCGGCGCGGCGCUCCUCGGGUUGAAUCUUUAUUUUCCGGCCCGGGAGAAGGAAUACACCCUAUCGGAUCCGGACACGGUGGUUUCCACCUUUGCCUGCCCGAUUCCGGCUAGGGUUCUUCCAAUGUUCGCAUUUGUUGAAGAGGGUUUCAAGUCUUUCGCCGAACACGGCAGAAAAUUCGCUGAGUGUGAUGGAAUGAUCGUGAACACGUUCGAGGAAUUAGAGCCACAUGCUAUCAAAGCUCUGUCGUCGGAUCCGGAUCUCCCGCCGGUUUACGCCGUCGGGCCGAUGCUUUCCCCUCAGAAGCACCACGCCGGGAAGGAGGAGAUCCUCGAUUGGCUGUCUCAGCAACCGCCGUCGUCGGUGGUGUUUCUCUGUUUCGGAAGCCAGGGAGGGUUUGAGGCGCCCCAGAUCUGUCAAAUUGCGUCGGCGCUGGAGCGGAGCGGGCACCGGUUUCUCUGGUCGAUUCGGCGGCCGGUUUCAAUCGACACGCACGCUCCCGCCGGGGAAGUGCCCGAUUUUGACCAGAUCCUGCCGGAGGGGUUCGCGGAGAGGACGAGAGGCAGGGGGAUGCUGUGCGGGUGGGCCCCGCAGAUGGAAGUCCUGGCGCACGGCGCCACGGCGGCGUUUGUGUCCCACUGCGGGUGGAACUCGGUGCUGGAGAGCGCGUACCACGGCGUGCCGAUCGUUACGUGGCCGAUCUACGCGGAGCAGCAGCCGAACGCGUUCCAGGUGGCGAAGGAGCUGGGGCUGGCGGUGGAGCUGACGCUGGAUUACCGGAGAUCGGAGGCGGCGGAGAGGCUCAUAAUGGCGGACGACAUAGAGAAGGCGAUCAGAAGCGUGAUGGAUGCGGAGAAUCCGGUCAAGAAACGCGCCAAGGAGAUCGGAGAGAUUGGGCGGAAGGCGCUAAUGGACGGUGGAUCUUCGUCCAUCUCUCUCGACCGUUUGAUCAAGGAUAUUACUAGUAAUAUCAAUAUCACUCUGUGCCACUAAAAUUCGGUCCCACUAAAUUCGGUCCUUAAAUAAACAAACAAAUUCUCCAUACACUUUGUUCGAUUGAUUACUCCCUUCCUUUAAACAAACACGACAACAAGCAAUCAAUCAAACGAUAAACGAACACCAAGAUUUAACGUGGAAACCCCAAAUCGAGGAGAAAACCACGAAGCCUUCCACUAAUCACCAAGAAAAAUCAGUGGGUACACCAAGAAUCCUCUCUAAAUCAAUUAGAGGUAUACACAAUCAUCAAGGAACAACUUGGAACACCAAACCACAAUAAUCUUCACUCAAAAGUGAGAAAACCUCAAUAAAAACGCAGCAGUAAACAGAGGCGAUUUUACCGACAUCGAGAGGUCAAAACAACAAUCCCACCGUUGGAUAUGAAGAAGAGGAUCUCAGGAACAACAUACUAAAAUUUCAUCCCGAUCGGAGCUCGUUUGGUCGUCGAUCGGAGCACAAAACCAGG